CAGCCUGGCCGGAGCGGGGAGCAGGGAACAGCUCUCGGCCUCCUCCUCCCGCGCACCGCCGCGGGGCCUGGCUUGGGCUGGGGUGCGGGCUGCGCGCCGCUCCUCCGGUCGCCUCUGGGAAAAGGUGUUACGGAGCCGAGUUUUUGUUCCCCAGCUGCCUUUACCGUCCGCUUCGGUGCAAGUCCCGCUCUGCCGGCGGCUGCCUCGGACUGUGCCCGAACGCCGCUUAAGAUGCGUGUUGUAAGAAAGUACGCUUUCUGCUCAUUUCUGAGGAAAAAAUCCCCAGUUGUGCUGAAUGAUCUUGGUUGUGAGCAAAGCGUGUCCCUAGUGCUAACAACACGUGGGGUCGUGCCAUCGUAGGGCAGUGUGAGUUGGAUGAUGGUUGUUGGUGUCCAUGCUGUUCAUAGAAUGUUUUCUGUAGAGGCAUUGUGGUUUGUUGCAAAACCUGAGGGCUGUGGUAUGUCUGUGCACGGUUGUAGAGCGAUACAUGGUUCCAAAUUUAAGUUAAGGGGAGAUACUGCCCAGCUGGGGCUUAAAUUGCCAGGAGAAUGAUUUUCCAGAGGUGCUGACUCAGCGUGUUCCUAUCUGCAGGGAAAAUACGUGAAGCCUCUGGUUAGGUUGAUCAACUCCAAAAUGUUAUCUCAGUGUCUGUGCGAAGUUUACAAAUGUUUGUUUCUGCGCAACUUAAAACUGAAUUCCAUAAAUGCGGCUACUUUGGCCAGAAGGAUCCAUUUUUCCACAAAAAAGCUUUCUGACUGUGAGCUAAAGGAACAAACUGUCCAGAAAUGUGAAACUGAAGAGUUGCCUCAAAGUACGGAAAACAGUAAUUUUGGAAGAUUGCACAUACCAGUGAUGCUGGAGGAGGUUGUUAAUUGUAUAUCCCCCCAGCCAGGUCAGCGUUUCCUUGAUAUGACGUUUGGAGCCGGAGGUCAUACUACAGCUCUUCUAGAGAAAGCCAGCGACGUUACAAUAUAUGCACUAGACAGGGACCCCACAGCUUAUAAAAUAGCUCAGCAGCUUUCAGAAUCAUACCCGAAACAGAUUCGAGCUCUUCUAGGACAAUUUAGCCAGUCAGAAGCUUUGUUAAUCUCCUCUGGAGUUGAGCCAGGGACUCUAGAUGGAGUCCUCUUGGAUGCUGGCUGUUCUUCCAUGCAAUUUGAUACACCCGAAAGAGGUUUUUCCCUGCAGAAGGACGGACCUUUGGACAUGAGGAUGGAUAGCGACAGGUACCCUGACAUGCCCACUGCUGCUGAUGUUGUGAAUGCUUUAGAUCAACAGGCGCUUGCGUCCAUCCUGAGAACAUACGGGGAGGAGAGGCACGCCAAGAAAAUCGCUUCAGCCAUCGUUCAGGCACGCAGCAUAUACCCCAUCACCAGAACUCAGCAGCUUGCAAGCAUUGUUGCAGGUGCUUUUCCAGCAUCAGCACUGUAUGCACGAAAAGACUUGCUUCAGAGACCUACACAUGUUGCAACCAAAACUUUUCAAGGACUGCGAAUAUUUGUAAACGAUGAGCUCCAUGAACUCUUUAUAGGGCUGAAGACAGCUGAGAAGUUUCUAAAACCUGGAGGUCGCCUUGUAGCCCUCUCCUUUCAUUCACUAGAAGAUCGUAUUAUCAAACGUUUUCUUCAUGGAAUAGACAUGACAGAAAAGUACAAUCUUAGCUCAAGGCAGAAGAUAAGACAGGGUCUGAAAAAUUGCUCCAGAAAAGAAGAUGCACAAGAAUCUCCCCAUGGAAAAUCGAACUCAAAGUGGAUUUUGUUACAGAAAAAAGUUCUGACACCCCAGGCCAAGGAUAUUCAAACAAACCCAAGAGGAAGGUCGGCCAAGCUAAGAGCUGCUAUUAAACUCUAAAACAAAAUAUAUGAUUAUAUAAUUGUAUAAUUUCCUUAAAUUUUGUUUUCCAGAAGGCUAACUGGACAGAUAGUAUCAAUCUGAAAAAAUAAAAUGAAGGCUGUUAGAAAACAUUUCUUUCCUACCUUUGUGCUUCUUUUUAAUUAGGACGUAGUGUAGAGCAUCAAAAGGUAAAAUAAAUGUAGAUAAGUGGGUGUCAAAAAUUAUACAAAAAAGACAUCUUUUUAAAAAGAGCAUCAAAACCAAAGUUUAUAAAAAUUACAGGUUUGAUGUAUUUACAGUGAUGAAUUUAGAUUAAAUUCAAAACCCUGACAUUAACAGUCUAAAUUCAGUAGCUGACUGAGACAGUCACAUUUUUCUGGGGGUGGAUUUCACACACCUAAGUCAGAUGGCUGGUUUAAUCUAGAAUAAGUUUCAGAUAACCGAAGAAUUCAUGAUAUAUAAGUCUCUGUAUCUCAAUUGACUUGUUGCAUCAAUGCCUGUGGGACAAGAGCUAGUUCUUAAAUAAAUUGAUAGCGGUAUGUAAUGUUCUAUCCAGGAAUUUGUAAAUGGGCUCUUAACUUUUUUUAAAAUAAGUAAAUAUUUACUUCUGA